UGUGACGGCACAUUUAGCAAUGUGGCGAUACUAUUAAAGCGUGAAGUGUUAUUUAAUUUUACGGUACCGUUGGUUCGUCCUUAUCCUACUGGUAGAUUCCGUAGUUUAUUUAAAUUAAUCACUACACUGUUUAUUUAUCGUUUAAGGCUAAAACAUGAGACAUUAUUUGAGAAGCGAAGGAAAACAAUGUAUCAGAGGUACUAUCAAUCUAUCAAAAUGAAGGAUUAUGGAAAUGGAAAUAUUAAUUUGAUUUAUCAUAGGUUCAAGAUUAAGAAAAUUGUUGGUAUCGACGGCGAGAUAGAAUGGCUCGGUUGCAACAAGUUCACCUCCAGGUGUUUUAAAACUGUCAUUGAUGAUACCCCUUCUUAUUUAUAUGACGGUUUAUGGACUCCUCCGUGCUGCAUAAGAGCUCUACGGGAGACUGCAAUUCAUGUUUUUAAUAUACUAAAUCGCUUUAGGAUUCGAUAUUGGUUAGAAGGCGGCUCUCUCCUCGGUGCUGUCCGAAAUGGGGAAAUUAUACCCUGGGAUUACGAUGUCGAUAUUGGGAUACACCAGGAUGAUAUCGCCAAAUUUGAUACUUUGGCCGCGCUUCACACAGGAAGAAAACUUUCUGUAACAGAUAAGCAAUUUUACGUUUGGGAAAAAGCUACGGAAGGAAAAUUCUUUCGUGUUCAAUUUAGCCAGCAAAACCAUAUGCAUGUCGAUUUAUUUCCGUUUUAUGAAAAGAACGGAUUUAUGACUAAGGAUACUUGGUUUAAGACACAUAAGCAGGAUAUGAAAUUUCCAACUCAAUUCAUUAAACCAUUACAAAAAAUUUGGUUUCUUGGAAUGAUGGUAUCUGCGCCGAAUAAUUAUACUAAAUUCUUGGAAUUGAAGUUUGGUGAAGGCGUUAUUGAGCACCCACAAUACCCUAACCCUAAAAAACUUGACAUA